ACACCAAGGGUUAAGACCCCCUUACUGUCAUCUUAAAAAAAAAAAAAGUGGGUUCUGGGGGCAUGGCUGGUCCCCCUCUCCCAUCCGUGCCCAGACUCCAAAAGAGACCCCCUGUUCCACAGAACCUACCUCCACCCAUCCUCUGUCCUCACCCUGCAGAUCCUACCCCAGAAGCAGCCAGUACUUCCACACCUGCGAUGAGGCGCUCAGUCCUGGUCAGGAACCCAGGCCACAAAGGCCCCAGGCCCGUUUAUGAAGAGCUUGACUCUGACUCAGAGGACAUGGACCCCAACCCAGAAGAUCUGGACCCAGUUUCUGAAGACCCAGAGCCUGAUCCGGAAGACCUCAACACUGUCUCUGAAGACGUCGACCCCAGCUAUGAAGAUCUGGAGCCCGUCUCAGAAGAUCUGGACGCGGAUGCCGAAGCUCCGGGCUCCUUCUUGGGGAACCGUGACUCGGAUCCCCAAGAUCUCGACCCCAUAUCUUCGAGUUUUGACCUCGAUCCAGAUGUCAUAGGCCCCGUACCUCUGAUUCUCGACCCCAACAGCGACACCCUCAGCCCCGCCGCUCCAGACGUGGACCCCCUUUCCUCCGGCCUCACCGCCGCCCCGCAGGUCCUGGCCACCAGCCCCGCGCUGCGCACGCACACGGGCGAGCGGCCCUACCCGUGCCCGCAGUGCGGCAAGGCCUUCGGGCAGAGCUCGGCGCUGCUGAAGCACCUGCGCACGCACACGGGCGAGCGGCCCUACCCGUGCCCGCAGUGCGGCAAGGCCUUCGGGCAGAGCUCGGCGCUGCUGCAGCACCAGCGCACGCACACGGCCGAGCGUCCCUACCGCUGUCCUCACUGUGGCAAGGCCUUCGGCCAGAGCUCCAACUUGCAGCACCACCUGCGCAUCCACACCGGCGAGCGGCCCUACGCCUGCCCGCACUGCUCCAAGGCUUUCGGGCAGAGCUCGGCGCUGCUGCAGCACCUGCACGUGCAUUCCGGCGAGCGUCCCUACCGCUGCCAGCUCUGUGGCAAGGCCUUUGGCCAAGCCUCCAGCCUCACCAAGCACAAGCGGGUGCAUGAGGGCGCCGCGGCAGCUGCAGCCGCCGCCGCUGCAGCUGCUGCAGCUGCAGCCGGCCUGAGCCUCGGGCCUGGGCUGAGCCCUGCAUCUAUGAUGAGGCCCGGGCAGGUCUCCCUCUUGGGUCCUGAUGCUGUCUCUGUGCUCGGCUCUAGCCUGGGCCUCAGCCCUGGCCCCAGCUCUGGCCGUAGCCCUAACCCUAGCUCUGUGCUGGGCUCCCUUUCCAAUCCCAGUCCCAAACCCCUCUCUGGAUCCGGAUCCCCCCCUAGCCCCGAUCCUGUCCAAUCUUCCAACCCUAAGCCUGGGCAUGAUGCCGAUGCUGACCUUUUGCCCAGUCCUGACCAUGAAUCUGGUCCUGGCCCAGAUCCCGAUCCUGUGCCCAGCCCUGACCCCAACCCUGAGUCCCACCCUGACCCCUGCUCUCCCACCCAUGACACUGUCAGCCCAGCCCUCCCUACCGGCGAGAGUCCUGAGUGGGUACAGGAGCAAGGGGCCCUGCUGGGGCCUGAUGGCUGAAGGGGACUCCAGCAUCCACGGGGCCUGGGAAGUUGUGUGUCAUGCAGUUAGUAAAAUCCUCCACUGCCCCCCA